AUGGAGGUGGAAGACUCGUCGGAUAAGAGGGGCCCCACACAGGAGCACAGGCCCCGGUCCCAGUCCCCGUUCUCCCACUUCCGGAGCAGAGCGGCGUACCUGCGGAAGAGCGUCUCCGCCGACGACCACCUGGACAUCGGCUCGGAGCCCUCGGUGGGAGCGGCGACGGAGAGGAAGACCGGACGCACCAAGGGCAAACUCAAGAGGAAGUUUGUGAUCUCGUGUGAUUCACGCGUGAAACGCGACAAAACGAAAUGGGACCUACUGUACUCCAACUCUUACUCCAACUCUUACUCUUACUCUUACUCCAACUCUUACUCCAACUCUUACACCAACUCUUACUCUUACUCCAACUCUUACUCCAACUCUUACUCUUACACCAACUCUUACUCUUACUCCAACUCUUACUCCAACUCUUACUUCAACUCUUACUCUUACACCAACUCUUACUCUUACUCCAACUCUUACUCCAACUCUUACUCUUUCUCUUACUCCAACUCUUACUCCAACUCUUACUCCAACUCUUACUCCAACUCUUACUCCAACUCUUACUCUUACACCAACUCUUACUCUUACUCCAACUCUUACUCCAACUCUUACUCUUACACCAACUCUUACUCUUACUCCAACUCUUACUCCAACUCUUACUCUUACUCCAACUCUUACUCUUACACCAACUCUUACUCUUACUCCAACUCUUACUCCAACUCUUACUCUUACACCAACUCUUACUCUUACUCCAACUCUUACUCCAACUCUUACUCUUACACCAACUCUUACUCUUACUCCAACUCUUACUCCAACUCUUACUCCAACUCUUACUUUUACUCUUACUCCAACUCUUACUCUUACACCAACUCUUACUCUUACUCCAACUCUUACUCCAACUCUUACUCCAACUCUUACUCUUACUCUUACUCCAACUCUUACUCCAACUCUUACUCCAACUCUUACUCCAACUAUUACUCCAACUCUUACUCUUACUCCAACUCUUACUCCAACUCUUACUCUUACUCCAACUCUUACUCCAACUAUUACUCCAACUCUUACACUUACUCCAACUUACUCCUACUCCAACUCUUACUCCAACUCUUACUCCAACUCUUACUAUUACUCUUACUCCAACUCUUACUCCAACUCUUACUCCAACUCUUACUCUUACACCAACUCUUACUCUUACUCCAACUCUUACUCUUACACCAACUCUUACUCUUACUCCAACUCUUACUCCAACUCUUACUCCAACUCUUACUCUUACUCUUACUCCAACUCUUACCUUACACCAACUCUUACUCUUACUCCAACUCUUACUCCAACUCUUACUCCAACUCUUACUCUUACUCUUACUCCAACUCUUACUCCAACUCUUACUCUUACUCCAACUCUUACUCCAACUAUUACUCCAACUCUUACUCUUACUCCAACUCUUACUCCAACUCUUACUCCAACUCUUACUCCAACUCUUACUCUUACUCCAACUCUUACUCCAACUAUUACUCCAACUCUUACUCUUACUCCAACUCUUACUCCAACUCUUACUCCAACUCUUACUCCAACUCUUACUCCAACUCUAACUCUUACUCCAACUCUAACUCUUACUCCAACUCUUACUCUUACACCAACUCUUACUCUUACUCCAACUCCAACUCUUACUCUUACUCUUACUCCAACUCUUACUCUUACACCAACUCUUACUCUUACUCCAACUCUUACACCAACUCUUACUCUUACUCCAACUCUUACUCCAACUCUUACUCCAACUCUUACUCUUACUCUUACUCCAACUCUUACUCUUACACCGACUCUUACUCUUACUCCAACUCUUACUCCAACUCUUACUCCAACUCUUACUCUUACUCCAACUCUUACUCUUACUCCAACUCUUACUCUUACUCCAACUCUUACUCCAACUAUUACUCCAACUCUUACUCUUACUCCAACUCUUACUCCAACUCUUACUCCAACUCUUACUCCAACUCUUACUCUUACUCCAACUCUUACUCCAACUAUUACUCCAACUCUUACUCUUACACCAACUCUUACUCUUACUCCAACUCUUACUCCAACUCUUACGCUUACACCAACUCUUACUCUUACUCCAACUCCAACUCUUACUCUUACUCUUACUCCAACUCUUACUCUUACACCAACUCUUACUCUUACUCCAACUCUUACUCCAACUCUUACUCCAACUCUAACUCUUACUCCAACUCUUACUCUUACUCCAACUCUUACUCCAACUCUUACUUUUACUCCAACUUUUACUCCAACUCUUAUACUUACUCCAACUUACUCCUACUCCAACUCUUACUCCAACUCUUACUCCAACUCUUACUCUUACACCAACUCUUACUCUUACUCCAACUCUUACUCCAACUCUUACUCUUACACCAACUCUUACUCUUACUCCAACUCUUACUCCAACUCUUACUCCAACUCUUACUCUUACUCUUACUCCAACUCUUACUCUUACACCAACUCUUACUCUUACUCCAACUCUUACUCCAACUCUUACUCUUACUCUUACUCCAACUCGUACUCUUACACCAACUCUUACUCUUACUCCAACUCUUACUCCAACUCUUACUCUUACUCUUACUCCAACUCUUACUCCAACUCUUACUCAAACUCUUACAUUACACCAACUCUUACUCUUACUCCAACUCUUACUCCAACUCUUACACCAACUCUUACUCUUACUCCAACUCUUACUCCAAAUCUUACUCCAACUCUUACUCUUACUCUUACUACAAAUCUUACUCCAACUCUUACUCCAACUCUUACUCUUACUCCAACUCUUACUCCAACUAUUACUCCAACUCUUACUCUUACUCCAACUCUUACUCCAACUCUUACUCCAACUCUUACUCUUACUCCAACUAUUACUCCAACUCUUACUCUUACUCCAACUCUUACUCCAACUCUUACUCCAACUCUUACUCCAACUCUAACUCUUACUCCAACUCUAACUCUUACUCCAACUCUUACUCUUACACCAACUCUUACUCUUACUCCAACUCCAACUCUUACUCUUACUCUUACUCCAACUCUUACUCUUACACCAACUCUUACUCUUACUCCAACUCUUACUCCAACUCUUACACCAACUCUUACUCUUACUCUUACUCCAACUCUUACUCCAACUCUUACUCCAACUCUUACUCUUACUCUUACUCCAACUCUUACUCUUACACCGACUCUUACUCUUACUCCAACUCUUACUCCAACUCUUACUCCAACUCUUACUCUUACUCUUACUCCAACUCUUACUCCAACUCUUACUCCAACUCUUACUCUUACUCCAACUCUUACUCCAACUAUUACUCCAACUCUUACUCUUACUCCAACUCUUACUCCAACUCUUACUCCAACUCUUACUCUUACUCCAACUCUUACUCCAACUAUUACUCCAACUCUUACUCUUACACCAACUCUUACUCUUACUCCAACUCUUACUCCAACUCUUACUCUUACACCAACUCUUACUCUUACUCCAACUCCAACUCUUACUCUUACUCUUACUCCAACUCUUACUCUUACACCAACUCUUUCUCUUACUCCAACUCUUACUCCAACUCUAACUCUUACUCCAACUCUUACUCCAACUCUUACACUUACUCCAACUUACUCCUACUCCAACUCUUACACUUACUCCAACUUACUCCUACUCCAACUCUUACUCCAACUCUUACUCCAACUCUUACUCUUACACCAACUCUUACUCUUACUCCAACUAGGGCGGAGCCAUGA